CCCAGAUCGGCUUCAGUUGCAGAUAUUAAUGACAGAAUGUGGACUAACAAAUGCCACCGACUAUUUGGAUUAUUCAUCAGUUUGUUUCUAAUCAUUAGCCACACACAUGGGGAGGCGGAUACGGAAGUCAGCAAAUUCCUGAGACACUUGGAUGUCAUACCAGAUGUUAUAGAUAUUGGACCCCAAGAUUUUCUUAAUGUCACUUAUACGGGCCUCAUUAAGGCAGAUCGUGGCAUUGAGCUACAACCCAUGCAGGUGCGAGAUGAGCCAACUGUUAGAUGGCCAUCGGCUAUGGAAAGCUAUUAUACCCUCAUAAUGGUCGAUGCCGAUGAACCCAGUGGCAAUAAUCCCACACAUAGGGAAUAUCUGCACUGGUUGGUUGUCAAUAUACCCGCCAAUCAAUUGACUUUGGGUGACAGACGAGCUGGUUAUAUCGGUGUCACACCAGCCGAGGGCAGUGGCCUUCAUCGAUAUGUUUUCCUGCUCUUCAAGCAAUCCGAUCAUAUGAAAUUCGAUUUCCCAAAAGUUCCCAAACGCAAUGCCGAGGAACGUGGCAAAUUUAAUACCAAAGAAUUUGUAAAACUUUAUAAUUUGGGUCAUCCGGUGGCCGGGAACUUCUUUACAGCCAGUUGGAACUCUGAUGUGCCAGCAUUGUACAAGGCCAUUUCGUAGGGUCAUAAUGCGAUAAAAAUCAGACGCUUUAAGCAAUCCCAUUCGCAUACGAAAGUGAAUGGAAGAGGGUCCGGUUUUUGAUGUUGCUUAAAAUAUUGGCUAAAGAAAUGCAUAAAUUAAUCGAAAUCGUUAUCUUAAGACUCAUGUGACUGAUACUCCACCCAGAAAUAUCAAUAAAGCUCAAAUGGACAUGAA